GUCCUCAAAACGAAGAAGACCGAUGCCGGAAGUGGAGCCAAUAUGGCGGCGUGUGGAAGUAGUAACGGUGUUAUACAGGACCAGACUUCUGACACUGAAACUCCCAAAUUAUCGGACUUAUUUGAUCGAGGAUGGAAGACAUUUGUGGAGAUAGACAACACGAAUGACCCUCUCGCUUGUAACAGUAUUCAAGUGCGAGUUAAACGUGCCAUCAACAUGUUAGAAGAAACGUCCAGAAUGGCGGCUCAGCUGAACUUGUUCAGUCCCAAUGAAGAACUGGACGAGGUUGCCACAGCAGACUUGAAGUAUCUCCUGUGUCCUGCACUCUUAGGAGCUCUCACCAUGAAGCAGACCGGCCGAGACAAACGAUUAGAGAUAGUGCGAGCGGCCCGCGUUUACUUUAUGGAUUUUUUGAAGAGAUGCAAAGACUAUAACGUAUCCCAAUUUCAUCUGCCAGAGUCCGUCAAUGAAAGUGCAGCAGAAAACGUCCCCUGUAAACCUAUGCCCACUACAUCAAACUUGGCAGCCAUGGCUGCACAAAGACAAGCUAAAAUUCAGCGGUAUAGUGAGAAGAAAGAGCUGGAAGCCAGACUGGCUGAUGUGCAGAAAGCUGUGGAAAGUGGACACGCCGACGACGAAACCAGCCGCGAUUUUUACUUGCUGAAUGUCCGCAAAUGGGUGAUCGCCUGUCUGGAUGAAAUACAAAGCAUAGACCAGGAGAUAGAAAUUCUGAAAAAUAUGGAUGGUCAGCAUGGUGUUACACCGUCUGCUGGACCAAGCAGACCCCCCAUGAAGAAUUUCAUCCUCACCAAGGACGCCAUGCAGGCCCAAGUGUUUGGCGCAGGUUAUCCCAGUCUUCCCACCAUGACGGUGGAUGACUGGUACGAGCAGCAUAGCAAACAUGGAGUUCUACCUGAUCAAGGUGUUCCUAGGAGGCUCGCUGCAGAAGAAGAUGCUCACUCGAGAGAGGAAGAGGAAGAAGAGCAAAAGGAUGAUAAAGAAAGUGUGAUGAAAGCCAGGAAGUGGGACGACUGGAAGGAUGAUCAUCGCAGAGGUUAUGGAAAUCGUCACAAUAUGGGCUAAAAGUCAGCAAAACGUGAUUGGUUGGUCAAUAAUAACUAUAACAACAGCCAUUUAGGAAUCAUGAAGUCCUAAACCUCAAAUGACAACAAAAAUAGGAACUUUUCAUCCAUCAGACUUUAUUGUAAUUGAUGUGUACCAGUCAUUGAUCCAAUGUACUGCAUAUACUGUAUGUAUGUUUCUUGAGUAUUCUUAACUGUGUGUUCUAUACUUUGAACAAUUAAAGCUACGGCAGAUUAAAUUAAGAAAAUAACA